GCCCCAGGGUGCCUUGCUACGUAAUCGUAAUCGAGGCACGAGCACAGCCAGCAGCCAGCAGCCAGCAGCCAGCAGCCAGCAACCAAGCACAAGCCCAGGCACGAGCACAUCAGCAACUUGGGUCGCUCUUGGUUACCCUAUUCAACUUGCUCCCCAGUUACCGCCUUGAAACCCUACUAUUCAAAGAUCCCGUCUCUCCCAUCCAUCUCUCGUCCUUCUUUCUUCCUUCCUCUUUCCAUUCCAUCUUCCAUCUCUUUAUUCUUCGUCACCACAUCCGCCUCUUUUGGAAAUCAUCAUAUGAAAUAGAAUAAAAGCACAACAACACUACCGCUGCUACUCUGCAUUGCACUUCAUCAUGAAGCUUCUCGCAUCAACCGUCCUUGUGGGCGCUGCUGCGGCAUCCAUCACGCCCCAACAGCAGGUUCUCCAGAACCCAUUCAAAUCAGCAACAAAGCCGGUCUCGGAUGCCUGGUCUAAAUCAAUGGAAUCUUUGGGUCACCUCACUGGUUCCAUGAAGGGCAUGACUGCCGAAGCCAAAGCUAUCUGGGAUGAAGUUUCCAUGCUUUUCCCGGAAGCGAUGGAAAAAGCUGCCUUCUUCUCGGAACCAAAACCUCAUACAAGAAAACCAGAUUCUACUUGGGAUUACAUUGUCAAAGGCGCAGACAUUCAAAGCGUUUGGGUCGAGAACUCAAAGGGAGAGAAGGAGCGUGAGAUUGAUGGAAAGCUUGAGCAAUAUAACUUGAGAGCUAAGAAGGUUGACCCUAGUAAGCUCGGCGUUGAUACCGUCAAGCAAUACAGUGGUUAUUUGGAUGAUGAGGAGGAUGAUAAGCAUCUUUUCUAUUGGUUCUUUGAAUCUAGAAAUGACCCUAAGAACGAUCCAGUCGUUCUUUGGUUGAACGGAGGGCCAGGAUGCUCUUCUUUGACCGGCCUCUUCCUCGAACUUGGCCCUUCCUCAAUCGACAAGAACCUCAAACUACACAACAACCCAUACUCAUGGAACGCUAAUGCUUCCGUCAUCUUCCUUGACCAACCGGUCAAUGUUGGAUACUCAUACAGUGGUUCAUCUGUUAGCAACACAGUUGCUGCAGGCAAGGAUGUUUAUGCUCUUCUCACCUUGUUCUUCAAACAAUUCCCCGAAUACGCCAAGCAAGAUUUCCACAUUGCUGGUGAAUCCUAUGCUGGCCAUUACAUUCCAGUUUUCACCAGUGAGAUCUUGUCUCACAAGAAACGCAACAUCAACCUCAAGUCCGUUCUUAUCGGUAACGGUUUGACCGAUGGACUUACACAAUACGAACACUACAGACCAAUGGCUUGUGGAGAUGGUGGAUGGCCAGCCGUUCUCGGUGCCAGUGAAUGUCAAGCUAUGGAUAACGCUCUUCCACGUUGCCAAAGUUUGAUCCAAAACUGCUACGACAGCGAGAGUGUUUGGUCUUGCGUUCCAGCAAGCAUUUACUGCAACAAUGCCAUGAUGGGACCUUACCAACGAACUGGACAGAAUGUUUAUGAUGUCCGUGGUAAAUGUGAAGACACCAGCAACUUGUGCUACUCUGCCCUUGGCUGGAUUAGCGAGUUCUUGAACAAGGCCGAUGUGCAAAAGGAACUCGGUGUUGAAGUCAGCAGUUACGACAGCUGCAACUUCGAUAUCAACCGAAACUUCCUCUUCCAAGGUGACUGGAUGAAGCCUUUCCACCGUUUGGUACCAGGUAUCCUCGAGCAAAUCCCAGUCUUGAUCUAUGCUGGUGAUGCUGAUUUCAUCUGCAACUGGCUCGGAAACCAAGCAUGGACUGAUGCUCUUGAAUGGCCUGGCAAGAAGGAUUUCAAUGCCGCCAAGACCAAGGAUCUCCAAUUGGAGAGUGGACACAAGACUGGUACCUUCAAGAGCAGUGGUAACUUCACAUUCGCUCGUAUCUUUGGUGCUGGACACAUGGUCCCAAUGGACCAACCUGAGGCUUCGUUAGAUUUCCUCAACAAAUGGUUGAAUGACUAUACUCUCUAGAUCUAUAGAUAUUGGCUAUCUUAGAUUAGAAUAUGCAUGGAUGAGGAAUGAAGGAAGCAAAUUGUAUUUAUUGCGAUGAGGAUGGGCAUGGCAUGGAUGGGAAUCGGACACUUUCUUUCGAUUGUACUACAGUAACGGAAUAACAUGGAUACAUUAAUCUAACAUAUUAAACAAAUGAACUUGGAAACUUUUACUCGCUCA